AAGGUCUGUAGUGACGCCUCUAGCACUGAGAUGCAGUGCCUUAGACCGCUGCACCACUCGGGAGCCCACUCGGGAAUGAAUACAUGGUUUACUCAGCAAAUAUUUAGAGCCAAAAUAGCAUGUCAUGAAAUGUGUGACACGCGCUCACUCACGCACACACACACUCGCACGCACACACUCGCGCACACACUCUCACACACACACACUCACAAACACAAACACACACACAGAGCACUGUGAGCCCAUUGAGGAUAUGUGAACUAGCUCAUUGACACUGGGGAGAGUCUGGUCGUACAUUCCCCCAUAGGUGCUGUGGAACAUACCAACCAUUACCUCUGUCAAACCCUCACUCUUUCUCAGUUGGAGGUGCUGUACUACCCCCACCCCCACCCAGCAGUGACUCUCUCUCCAUGAUGGCCUCCUAUAGCCCUACCCACAAUGGCUGGUUUGGUGAGAGGGGGGUUCACCAGGGGAUUGGGCUGGACAUCCUCUUCAGUGACAGAGACUUUGACACAUCUAAUCUGUACUCCCAAAAUGACACUCAACAACUUCAGGAGGCCAAGUCCCAUUAUGCCUGUCCCAGGGCCCCCCAGAGGUCCCUGCAUGGCUGGGGCACAUACAGCCCCCCUCCACAGAGACCCAGCACUGGGAGCAGAGCGGGGACCAACCAGUGCCAGGGCUACCACGCCCAUACCCUGCCCCUGCCCUUGCCCCACAGAGCACUGCCUGUCUUCAGACCCUGUGUCUACAGCAGCCCUCAGGGAUAUAACACUACCACAGUGGACAAACCUCGCAUGCUUAGAGCCACUAUUACAUCCAGCCCCUCGGAUUCCAACCACCCUGUCCAGCACCAGAGCCAGCAACCCAGACCAAACCAGCAGCAGGUCAUCAAGCAGCAGCACCAGAGCCAGCAACCCAGACCAAACCAGCAGCAGGUCAUCAAGCAGCAGCACCAGCCAAGUCUCAGUCAAAAGCCUGUCUACCAGCCAAGCCUCAGUCCCACUCCAAUCUAUAGGAGACUCACAACCUGGCAGCACAAGGACAACACCAAUACAGACAACACCAUCAAGACUAACAGCCCUCACAGUAACAGAAUCAAGAGACAGGUGGACAUGACGUCCCAGAACGUGUUUGGUCAGCCGCGUGUCCUGGCCUCUCUGCGCGGCCUGCCCUCUCCACGACAGACCCACAAGACAACUAACCUAGAGGAGGAACUGAGGAGGCUCAUCUUACUGGACACAGAGGACUCAGGGAGGGAUGCAUCCUGCCGUCAUAGCCUCUCUACAGAGAUCAGCCUCGGCAGUGGUCCCCUGGACUUCAGUCUGGCAUGUUCCCCAGUCUCUGACUGCACAGAGUUGGAGGGGCUAGAGGACCUGUCUGCCUCUGAGCUGUCCCUAACAGAGGGCUGGGACCCUGGGCACAUCCCCUUACUGGACCCUGCCUGGAGCCUGGAGUGGAGCAAACUUGUCAACGCUGCCAAGGCCUAUGAAGCAAAGAGGACAGUGGAGCCCAUUCCUCCCAACAAGUCCAAGAAGCAUGGAUCAGAGGGUGGACCUGCUGCUUGCCCACCUAAUCACUACCCUCCUCAGGGCUACAAUGCCCAGCCCACAUUAAGAAGUGAAGUGCCCAGUGAUCUGUCUAGACUUCACCACCUGGAAGCGCUGCUGAGACACUUGGAGAGCAACCUGGAGAAGGAAAGGGAGGAUAAAGUAGCCCUGAUGGAGGAAGUGACGAUUCUGAGAGAGACCAACCAGCGCCUGUGGGAGGAGUCUCUUUCAUCCAACGAACAGCUCCGUAAACUCAGCCUGUUGUUCAACAUGGCCCCAGGAAUGAUGCCUAGAGAGAGAGAAUGACCAGUGACACUAAGAGGAGAGAGAGAGAUGAUUUGAAAAGAGGAGUAGGGGAAAAAAUGGUUUCAACAAAGAUAGUACCUUGAAACAGGGUUUUCAAAUGUAAAUUGUCUUCAAAAUGUGAUCAGAGAAAGAGGACAGAUCACGGCGAGUUACCAGAGUUUGCUUGUAGAGGUUACUUAUGCUGGGACAGUGACAUGUACAAGCUGGCUAAAUGCUUGAGUUGUUAGCCAGUUCAGCUUUACACAGUUGGUACGUUUUAACUCCAUGACAUUGGAAUAUUUCAGUUGUGUAAUCCUCACAUCCUCUCGCCUCUCCUGCUUGUCAAAACCUAUUGGAUGAGAAAACCAGAGGUCCUCUGACCUUCUCCACCAAUGGGUACAAUAAAAUAUUUAAGAAGGCA